CCUAAUCCUGAUGUUUCCCUGAAACCUGUAAAGUCUUGACCGAGAAGAAUUGGAUAAAAAUAGUUUGACUCAUUCAUCUGCCUGAACUGUGACACACAUGGUGUCAGUCAUGACGGAGAGGAAAGGUGUGGAUAAGGACACAUUGUGGGGUUCUACAUGGUUUGCCUGAACACAUGAGCUCCAGUUUCCUCUGAGACCCUCGGACUGUUUUUGGUUAUGCCUUCGACUGCUGACAGGAAGGACCGUCAGUCUGUUUACAUCCUUUACUUCUCAGGAAAUGCAAACUGACUGAAUAGAUUUUUUUAUAUUUUUCCUUUCCAAAAUGGAGCGCAUAAGGAGCCGUGCUAAUGUUGCACAUCUGGCCUCAGUGAUAUAAGAAGAAAGACUGAAAGUACUUGAACUGAUAACGACUAUAUGACUCUACCCUCGGCAGACAUCACUGAAACAUAAUCUGGAGAACUUUCUUCACCUUCUCCAGCAUGCAUUGCUCUAUCAGGAAGAAACGUCCCAAACGUGACUCCGAUUUCUCCGCCAUCGUUGUUCCCUCCAUGCACGGGUCCGGCUACCUUGACUACACUGUCGAGAACCACCCUUCUAGGUCGUUUUUGGUCAUCGAUGAGUUUAGACAACAAGAGAUGCUGUGUGACCUGCUGCUGCAUGUCACGUAUAAGGACAGGACUAUGGACUUUAAGGUUCACAAAGUGGUGCUGGCCUCCUGCAGCGGCUUCUUCAGAGCCAUGUUUACCAGAGGCUUUAAGGAGUGCAGCGCCUCGGAGGUCACUCUGCGCGACGUGUGUCCAGAGGUGGUGGGGCGACUCAUCGACUUUGCCUACACGUCCCGCAUCACUGUGGGAGAAAAAUGUGUGCUGCAUCUGCUUCUAGCCGCAAUAAGGUAUCAGAUGGAGGAUGUGGCCAAGGCAUGUUGUGAUUUUCUUACCAAACACCUGGAGCCGGCCAACGUCAUCGGCAUCUCUCGCUUUGCAGAGGAGAUCGGCUGCACCGAGCUGCACAAGACGUGCCGAAAGUACAUCAACUCGCACUUCAGUGAGGUCACCAAAGUGGACGAGUUCUUUAGUUUGUCUCACUGCCAGCUGCUGGAGCUCAUCAGUCAGGACAGCCUCAAGGUGCUCUGUGAGUCUGAGGUGUAUAAAGCCUGCACAGACUGGGUGAGCUGGGACACGGAGGGCAGAGCCCACUACCUUCAUGCUCUGCUCAAUGCUGUUCAUAUUUACGCACUGCCUCCCAAGUUUCUAAAGAAUCAGCUGCAAUCUUGCCCUAUCCUCAGCAAAGCCAAUUCCUGCAAGGACUUCCUGUCUAAAAUCUUCCAGGAAAUGACGCUGAUGAAGGUUCCCCCCGCCCCGAACCGUGGAACCCAGCUCAUCUAUGUGGCUGGAGGCUACCGGCAGCAUUCCCUGACCACCAUGCAGGCUUAUGAUCCCCGAAGGAAUGUUUGGAUGAAACUGGCUGACAUGGGGACUCCAUGCAGCGGACUGGGAGCCUGUACGCUGUUUGGACUCAUCUACACUGUAGGAGGCAGGAACCUGUCUCUUCAGACUAACUUAGAUUCCAGCUCUCUGUGCUGCUAUAACCCGAUGACCAACCAGUGGAGCCCCCGAGCUCCCCUCAACAUCCCAAGGAACCGGGUCGGAGUGGCCGUGGUGGAUGACUGCAUCUACGCAGUGGGGGGUUCGCAGGGCUCGGUGCAUCACAACACGGUGGAGAGGUGGGAUCCUGAAUCUAAUCGCUGGUCUUUUGUUUGUCCGAUGUCUGUGGCUCGCCUGGGAGCGGGCGUGGCGGCUUGUGGUGGGGCUCUGUAUGUGGUUGGGGGGUAUGAUGGUCAGAACCGCUGGAAUACGGCUGAGCGAUACCAGCCUGACACGAACACCUGGCACCCUCUAGCUCCUAUGAACACCAUACGCAGCGGACUGGGAUUGGUGAGCAUCAACUCUCAUCUUUAUGCUAUAGGAGGCUAUGAUGGACAAAACCAGCUGUGCACAGUGGAACGUUACAAUAUUAGCAGGAACAUCUGGGAGCCCAAGGCCUCCAUGAAGCAGUGCCGCAGCGCGUUGGGAGUCACGGUCCACCAGGGGAGCAUCUACGUCUUCGGAGGGUUUAACCAACACGGCUUCCUGUCCAGCAUCGAGAGCUACGAUCCGGACAAAAACGUGUGGAUGCACAUCGCCGACAUGCCCGUCGGUCUCAGCGGCAUGGGUAUCACGGUCACCAUGGAGCCAUGUCCCGGCUCCCUGCCUGAACAAGAGAGUGAGGACGAAGCCCUAUAGGACAAAGAACCAAGAGAUGCCGCGUUAAAAAGCAGAAACCAAGUGAAGAAGGUUCCUCAAACCCAAGACAUUCCAAAAUCAGCAAAUAAAACUCGCCUCCUACAUGGAUUUCACCAAUCUUGCACCUUAGAGUAAAGCACAGUUUAAUUUCCUUGCCGGAUGCAGGAUGAAGGGUAAUUUUUUUUUUCAAGCACAAUCACGCACAACAAACUACUUGAAUGAAUGAAAAAAAACUUUUCAAACAUUUUUUCUUAAAAAAACAAAAAGCAGAAAAAGACCUUAGCCUUGGUGCACAACUCUCUCUACUUAUUCCUCCAUUCUUUGUAGCAUUCAGGUGAUUAAGUGCACACAAAGCAUAAUACACAUCCAUUUUAAAUAGCUUUAUUACUUCCCAUUUCUCAUCUCUUCCACCUGCACUGUAUGCUUCUUUUCCCACAACGAUGCUCAAAAGUUAAGUCUUGUUAAACAUCCAUGUUUUUAGACUUAAAAAAGAUGAGACCAUGAUAAAUAAACGUAUAUAUUUUUUUAUCUUUGAUGCAAAUUUUAAAUUUUGUCGCAAUGGUGUGCACACCUUUCUUCUAAUCCUAAUUAAGCAACUUUUGAUUCCGCCUUAGUAGGAGACAUCAUGACCCACCAGAGAGUAUUUGAAUGAUCUACCUUACAAAGGUUCUCCAAGAAAGUGAAGGGAUUCUCUUUUUCACGUCCCUCAUUCAAAGGUCCCACAAACUUUCUGGCAGGUUUUUUUGCGUUUGCUUCUCUUCUUGCUAAACUGUAGUUUAUACAGAUAUAAUGUUGGUCUCACUGAUAAUGCUGAAAUAUCUUCAGGUUCCCGCCAGAUAACUUGAAGGCUUUGGGUAAAACCUUACUAGUAAUUCGAAUUGCUUAUAACUUUAUUCAUCUUUGGUGAAAAAAAAAAAAAAAAAAAAAAAAAGGAUCUCCAGUUCCAUUUGGAGAGAAGUAGUCUAAUAGCAUGAUGCUGCCACUACCAUGUCGCACAGUUGGCCUAACACAUGAUGUCGAUGAAAGAAACUACUUCUAAAUCGAAACAAACCCCAAUUUUACAGCACAUUUUUUUACGUGAGGUUGUUGGAAAUCGCCAUCAGUGUUAAUAAUGGGAUCUCAGAAACCAUUUUUUUCUAUGUGUCUGUGUUCAAGAGCUGCUGCAUGUGUUGUAAAUUUAGCCUUAUCACAACAUGCAUGCUCAAUGCUUAUAAUAUUUAAUAAUCCUAGAUUCAGCUUCAAAUGUUUUAGAAUCUAAUUUCCCUGAGCUAAGUUAUUUUUUCAUAUCUGUAAUAAAUAAAAAGGCAAAAACACUGUUAAUAAAUUUUUUUAUUUGUCAUUUUAUCAUCGAGACAUUAGUCCACAUAACUGCAUGCUAAUAUAACAGUCCGAGUUGUCUUUGUCUAUUGCCAAGGCAGCGUACCCUGCUCCUGACACUUUUGCCAGUGAUUCUACUUCUUUGUUUUUCAGUUAAAUUGUGCAAGAUAAGCGUAAAAGAUUUAUCAUGGUCUCAUUUCCGUCACUGAUUCUUAUCCAGAAGAAGCACUUUUUAAAACUUCCUGCUGUUAAUUUAAGCCCCUAGGUCUUUUGUUUAUUUUCCAGUACAAUCAUGUUUUUUUAUAUUUGUCCAUGACAAUAAAUCUAAUUCUAUAAGUUAA